UAAAGAUUUGUAUUUAUAGACAACCCCAUAUCCUUACCUUGGACGCUUGUCUCUGCAUCUCUUAGGAGAAAGAGAACACGAAUAAUAUUACUUACAUAUAUAAAUAUAUGCACAUAGAGUCCACAUAGAUAUAUAUACACACCUACACAAAGACCUCUUGUUGAUAAAUCUUGAACCCAAGAAGGAAAGAAUUGGAAAGAAGAAAGAUAUGGGGAGACCACCUUGCUGUGAGAAAAUAGGAGUGAAGAAAGGGCCAUGGACCCCUGAAGAAGAUAUCAUCUUGGUUUCUUAUAUUCAAGAACAUGGACCUGGGAAUUGGAGAUCUGUUCCUACUAAUACAGGUUUGCUUAGAUGCAGUAAGAGUUGCAGGCUCAGAUGGACUAAUUAUCUCCGGCCAGGUAUUAAGCGUGGUAACUUCACGGAUCACGAAGAGAAGAUGAUUGUACAUCUCCAAGCUCUUCUUGGGAAUAGAUGGGCAGCAAUAGCAUCUUAUCUUCCUCAAAGAACAGAUAAUGAUAUAAAAAAUUAUUGGAACACCCAUUUGGAAAAGAAGCUCACAGAGCUUAAAGAUGGCCAAGAUCUCGACAGGUUAUCAGUUUCUCAACCAAAAGGUCAGUGGGAAAGAAGGCUUCAAACAGAUAUCCAUUUGGCUAAACAAGCCCUUUGUGAAGCUCUAUCUCUUGAUAAACCAACUACUCCUUUAACUCACUUAAAGCCCUCUGUUGCUACUACUGGUGCGAAUGGUGCCUCUAACCUAAUCAUAAGGCCAUAUCAAGCACAGGAAUUAAAUACUAGCACUGCUUAUGCAUCAAGUGCUGAAAACAUAGCAAGGUUGCUUGAGAACUGGAUGAAAAAUUCACCAAGACAAGUUCUAACAGCAGAAAAUUCUAGUUCUAGCACCGAAGGGGCACACAGUACAACAAUACCUAGCAGUCAGGGCUUUAAUUUACUCUUUAGCUUCAACUCAUCAUCCAAUUCAGAUGCAUCUCAAUCAGUGGACGAGAACGCGAAUUUGACACCAGAAACCAGCCUCUUUCAAGAUGAAAGCAAAUCAGACAUGGAGGACAAUCACCAUAACCAUCAUCUUCAACAAGUUCCUCUUUCAUUGCUGGAGAAAUGGCUCUUUGAUGAAGGUGCUGUUCAAGGUCAUGACGACCUAGUUAACAUUUCAUUAGAAGAAACUGCAAUUGGGUUGUUUUGAAAGAAAAUUAAGACCUUAAAUUAAUUAAUUAUGAUAAUCAUGUCAAUUAAUGUUAGGGCUCCUUUUUUCUUUUGUCGUCCUUUUUGUGAUCUAGGUUUUGUACUAGCUAGCUAGUAAAAGAAAGGAAAACUUGUUUCUAGGCUAAGCAGAGGCUAAGAUAACCACAGCCCCCACCCAACCUUAACGGAAGGAAAGAAAGUGUAAAUUAAAGACUACAAAUCUGUAUGAAUAUCCUGUGUACUGGAUAUACAUAUAGUACUGUUAUUAUCUACUUAUUGUUAAUUGGAACUUAAUUUGUUGUA